AUGGGUGCAAUUUGUGGUAAAGAAAAGUCAGCAUCAAAAAAGGUGAAACCAAGUCAAGCACCACAACAACAACCAUCAUCAACUACAGUUGCAGCAGCUAGACAAGCACCAGCAAAAGCAGCAGUUCAACAACCACAACAACCACAACAACAACAACAACAACCAAAAUCAGCAGCAGCAGCACAAAAGGAACCAAUUCAAACAGCUCAACAAACUGGUUCAUCAGGAAGUAAGAGUAAAACAAUAAAUGUUGAUAAGGAAUUACAUAAAUAUAUCAUUGGUACAAAAGGAUCAACAAUUAAACAAAUUAAAGAAGAUACCAAUUGUGAUGUUGAAAUACCAGAGAAUGGUGAAACAAUUACAGUUAGAGGAUCAUCUGAUUCAGAUUGUCAAAGAGCAAUCGAUAUGAUCAACAAGAUUAAAGGUGAACAUAAAACUCAAUCACAAAAAGAUAAAGAACACAGUGAUAUGAAGGAUGAUCAUGAAAAAGAACAUCAACGUACUGAAGAAUUAUAUAAAAAAGGUCAAGAAAAAGUUGAUAGAAUCGCAAAGGAAAGAGAUGAUUUACAUAAACAAGCUGAUAAGGCAUUCGAAUCUGGUGAUAAAUCUUUAGGUCAUCAAUUAAGAGAACAAGCAAAAGCUAAAACUCAAGAAUUAGAAAAAGCUUCAAAAGAAGCUUCAAAAUCUGUUUUCAUAGCUAAGAAUGCCAAAAAUGAUAAAUUCACAGUUGAUCUUCAUGGUUUACAUGCUAAUGAUGCAAUUGAACUUUUAGUUGAACAUUUGGAUGGAAUUAAAUCCAACAAAGGUAAAGAAUUUACAAUCAUCACUGGUGCUGGUAAUCACUCUGAUGCAAAUGGACCAAAGAUUAAACCAAUGGUUCAUAAACUUAUGAAAGAGAAAGGUUACACUUAUAGUGAAGUUAAUAAUGGUUCAAUUGUUUGUACUCUUUAA